GAGGAAAAGAGCAAAUCAUGUGAGGGCACAGCAUCCUUCUCUCCCCUCUCUCCCCCCUCUCUCUUUCUCUCUCUCUCGUCUUCUCUCCUAGUGUGUGUGUGUGUGUGUGUGUGUGUGUGUGUAUGUGUAUAAAAGCCUCUCUUUCCAUGCUUUCACUUCACUCUCAGCUCCCCGUUGCUUUGCAGAGAGGAUAUAGGCGCGAGACUGAGGAGAAGGGAGGGACACACACACACAACCAAAAGGAGAUCCCUGCGUUACAGUGGGAGAGACAUUUCUUUCUUUGACCUUCUUCCUCUCCCAACGUCUUCUGGGUUGCCCUUCUUCUUCUUCUUCUUCUUCAUCAUCUUCUUCUUUUUUAAGCGUCUCCACUCUGCUUGGACGGUGGCUGCAUCGAUGCAAAAUGGGUUGUGGCAAUUCCUCAGCCACCAACACCUCAGGAGGGGGGCCAGCAGAAGUCUCCAAAGAUGUGACAGAAGAACCCUCGCCAGACGAUGAGAAAAGAAGGAACUAUGGUGGCGUAUAUGUCGGUCUUCCAGCAGACCUGACCACCGUGGCUGCCAGUCAGUCCAAGUCCACAUGUAAAGACUAGCAGCUCCUGAAGGGAACACAACACAGGAUCCUGCAUAUUCAUUCACCUAGAGACACUCACAUUACAAGCAGAGAGCAUGCAAGUGCUCCUAUUCUGGCUCACCACACACUGAAUAAGUCUCAGGCUUCGACACUAAGGAUGUGGACAGCUUGCCGGGGAUCUGAGGACGCUGCCUCACGGAGUCAUGGGUGGCACAGUAAUGCAGGGACGCACAGCAGAGGUCUGCAUACGCUAUUCAUCAUCACCCUUCACUUUGCAAAAAAAAAAAAGAUGGGCAUCGGAGCGGACAAGCGCCCGCCCUGGGACUGGCUGUGGGCGGCGGCGACGGGCAUUGUGACAGCCAUCUUGGCUUCUCGGUCACGGCCCUGGAACGUUCUCUUUCGUUCUCAGGAGGAGACGGCUACACAGGGGACCCAGCCUACUAACUAACUAACCUUCCCAAUAGCCCUCUGCAAUAAUAAUCACUGCUCAGUUAUUUCUCUAAGAAGCCAUCAAUGAUUCAUUGUGUGGCAGAGACAGAGAGUUAGAGAGACACAGGAGUUACACAUUCCUGUUAGUGCGUCACAGAGCAUCAACGCGUUUUUGAAAAAUAAUUGAUUUCUAUCAGGGACCUGCUGCAACAGAAGAAAAGUCUGAAGAUGACACUGAUUUGAAUGGUCUGUCUAAAUGCUAAUGACGACACCUUAAAGAGUGCAUUAAUCAGCGUCACCGAAUGUCUUGGUUGCGUCAACCAGGUGGUGUCGUCACUUAACUUGUGCCCCUGACUGAUUAUGUAGAGAGCAUAUGACUCAUGAUACUAAGAGGAUCUCUCUCUCUCUCUCUCUCUCUCUCUCUCUUUCUCUCUCUCUGUAUAUAUAUAUCUCAUGCUCUCUCUGCAGCAUGUUGUUUUUUUUCCCCCUGAAGAGCUCUGAUUGUAGUACUUCUGGGUAAUUCACACAGCUCUUACAAUCUUUCUCAGAAGCAGAAUUGUGUCACACAGUUUGUUCUUAUCUCACAUCAUAAAAUGUGAUCUAAUGUGUAACAGCAAAAGAGAACAAAAAAAACAUUAAAUCAUUAAAUUAUGUUCAGUUGCAAAAAAUUGUGAAACAUUUAAAGAGAGGCAGAGGUGGUGAUUUUGUUUCAUCGUCCCCUCGUUUUUCUUACAGUUUAUUGAUGUUUGCUUUGUAACUGAUUAAUCUAUUUUAUACUAUUAUGUUUCACACUUAAUUGUGAAUGUUGUUCUCCUGUAUGUACAGUAAUCCUUGAAGGAUAAAGCCGGCGCUAUGCUGCAUUCUUCUUAUUGUCAACAAAUCCCAUGAAAAGACGAAAAACGACCAAUCUUGUGUUUCUUUCAGUAGUUGAUGGAGUUGUCGAGUAUGACAUUUUUCUUCACAUAACAGCAGCUAUUUUGUUUGUUUGCUACUUCAAAGGUCACGAAUGAAUCUUCAAGCUCAACAAAGUUUUAGUCCAGCGCUCAAUACUUUCCGACUUGUCGAUCUUGUCUGUGGUACUCAGCCUCAAGCCCAUCUGGGUAACACUUCACUUUACAGGUCCGCAAAUUUCAUGGUAAUUAAAUGAUAAUUAGCAAGUAACCUAUAAUUUCUUUGGAAUUACUGCCAAAUUACCCCAAUAUUUACCUCAAAAUGUAUAAAAAAUUACUUUAUUAUAAACAUUGUUUAAUAAUUAUAUUGCACUAUUUCCCAGUAACUGAUAAUUGAUUUAAUACAUUUAAUAAUAAGAUAAGAUAAGAUAACAUAGAACUUUAUCAAUCUCGAAGGAAAUUCCUGUGCCAGAGAUUGCUCAAAAU